CAUAUCCUUUAUUUUUGGUGUGAAUUCUUCUUGGCGAUGUGACCAAGCCGGGUAAUGUGUUAUAACGGUUUACGAAUUGUAUGUAACGAAUAAAAAAGGUGACGACAUGUAUUAGGAAGGAAGUGGUUUACCGCGAGAGGAUGAUAUGAGAGAGGAAUGAAAGCACUAACGGAGCGAGAACGGAGAUGAAAAUAAAAUAAUUUCAAUACUGUUACUGUUGCUGUUGUUGUUGGUGGUGGUGCUGGUACUGGUACUGGUUGUUUAAUAAUAAAGGGAUAAAGAUGAAUUGGAAACACGUACCGGGGUCAUUAUCUUGAUAAUGACGGAUCCUUGUGAUAAAAAUUAUCCAAAGCGUGUGAGUGACGCUGCUUGAUGCAACUGCUCGCUCAAACUUUGAGAAGGAGACAGAGGAUUUUAGCAAAAGAGUAUGAGACCUUUUAUUGGCUGAUGAAGGUGUGGGAAAAUCACGAAUUCCCGGUGAAUAAGACAACUGGCGCCGAUUGAUGUUGAUGCUGAUGCUGGUACUCAUCACAGCAGUGUCUAGUGUACUGGAAACGCGGAGGAUAUCGCCGGUAAUUUAUAACCGUCAGCGCUAUGGGAUAGAAAAUAGUUUCAGUGAUUGUGCAUCUUAAAGUUUUAAUACAAAGUAAACCUUCCAUGUGGUUUUUCUACUGUCGAUUUAAUCAGGCCUCGGUACUGAGCUAGUGGUUACGGUCAGGACAAUCGGCCACAUGAGUGAUUGUCAUUUCAAAUUUACUUUUUAAAUAUUUUUUUUCGUUCUCUAAUGAGUAACAUACUCAGUUGGUGACGGAGCUUCUAGCUUCAUGUGGUGUUCGAUUAUUUUAAUUUGUUAUUAAUUAAUUGUGUAGCCAAGUUACGUGCAAGAGUGAUUGCUUUGUUGCCAAAACCCCGAGGGUUAAAUUGAGGAAAAUUUUUUAUAUCGAAACUGGAAAUAAAUGAAGGACGUGAGGGUGUCGAAGGAGCGUAGAUGUGUUCUGCAGUAUCCUCGACUGACUUGACUUCUAUGCUGUCAAAUCUAACUGGUACGACCUGGGGUUGCGACGGGGUAGAUAAAAAAUCAACCGUGGCUGAGAAAGAUAAAACGGACAUUGAAAAGCUAUUGGCCGAAGAAGAUUAUUAUAAAUACAAUAGUAAUUCAACAGAGGGCAAAAUAACCGCAGGCGAAUGCGCCGUUGGUGAUGUGAGGCUGGAGUUCGCCUCACGCUUGGGGUGAUGCCCUCCAGUGAGCCCCAUCCCCCGCAGUACCAUCUUCAGCACCACACAAUUCCGCCAUCUCACUUGCAACAGCAUUCGUCGACAACGAGCGGCGUUCUUGAUCAGCAUCAGCUAUACCAGCAACUAGUGGCAGCUCAUCACCAACAGCAACAACAGAAUCAGCAACACGGCGUUAAUUUCCAAAAUUCCGCGUACACGCAACAGAAACAGGAGAUGAGCCCGGAGGAGGAGGGUGGCCGAGGUGGCGGGUCCCCUCCGGCAGCUGGGGCUGCUCUACAGCAACCCCAUCAUCCUCGGACAGCCAGUCCACCUUCGGGAACUGAGCCUUGCACUCGUGACGCGAUACCCACGCCCACGCCCACCGCUGACACGACAACCACCAACUCAGCUGGCCCGAAUAACAGCACCUCUGUCCAAGUAACUGCGACUGCGGGAAGUGCCACCACCACAAUGACUCUGCAGUCGCCCACGUCGAAGCAGCAGUCGCUACAGGGUCCAAGUCCCAGUCCAAGUCCCACUGGUGGUGACGUUGAAAAGUUUGACGGGAAAAUAGUCUACAAUCCUGAUGGCUCUGCUUACAUCAUCGAGGGUGAGAGUGAACUCAGUGAAGACGAAUCUCUGCCAGACGGUUGCAUCGUAGAUGGACGUGGUAUUUCGGUCUCGCAUUCACUUGUCUUUCCCCAAAUAGCCAGUGCGUUCUACGUAUCGCGGCUGUAUGCUCACCAAGCUUAUCAGCAACAACAACAACAGCAGCAGCAGCAUCAGCGCACGUCCUCACAGUCGUCGCACAAUAACCCAGACCUACCGGUGAUGCACAGUUAUCGGGUGAUUAGCUAUCGAAGCGCUGAAGGCAGUAAGCAAACAAUACAAACGCCUGUAGCCCCACCACCCUCAACCUCCGUACCAGUAAAACCAAUUCUCAUGUGUUUUAUUUGCAAACUAAGUUUUGGUUACGCCAAGAGCUUCGUCGCUCAUGCACAGGGUGAACAUCAGCUGACGAUGACCGACGACGAGAGACAGGUACUCUCGCACGCAACGACAUCUGCAAUUAUUCAGGCUGUGGGCCGGGGUAAGCAACCGGUCGUUAGUUUUUUGGAGCCAGUUGCUAGCUCGGCGUGUUCACAAACCUCACCGAUAACCUCCUCCUCCUCCUCCUCGGCCCAGACGACACAGCAACAGCAGUCAGCGCGGGCUGCAAGUGCCAGCAAUAUUAAUGAAACAAAUGAACACGAGACACUGACGACGACGACGAGUACGCCAGCAAGUACACCAGGAAUACCAAGCAGUCCUCAGGCUCAGCAACAACAGAGGCCGUCACCUAGCACACCAACGACGCCAACCUCACACUCAAGCAAUUCACUGAGUUUCAACCACCAGCAGUCACAACACACGUGGACCGGUGGACAAGUGAGUGCUGCGUCAUGGGCCAAAGCACCUGACGCAAUGCACUAUACCUCCCCACCACCAGCACCUCCUUCAUCGACCAAGGGAUCGCCUUCGUCUUAUGCAGCGUUGACGCAACAGCCACCAAACUUUCUCACCGGCACGACAAUCGGCGUCUGUCCCGAGCAUAUGCAAGGACGACCAAGCGGCGUUGAGUGUCCGAAAUGCGAGCUGAUUCUUGCCAGCAGUCGACUCGCGGGCCCUGGUGGUCCACUGGCUGGCAUUCACAGUAGAAAUUCCUGCAAAACACUUAAAUGCCCAAAGUGCAAUUGGCACUAUAAGUAUCAAGAGACUCUGGAGAUUCAUAUGAAAGAAAAACAUCCGGAGAGUGAAACCUCGUGUAUAUACUGCAUUGCCGGGCAACCACAUCCUAGGUUAGCACGCGGUGAAACUUACACGUGCGGUUACAAACCUUACAGAUGCGAGGUAUGUAAUUAUUCAACCACCACCAAGGGAAAUCUUAGUAUACAUAUGCAGAGCGACAAACAUCUAAACAACAUGCAAGAGUUACAACAAGGUGGCGGAGCUGUUGUAGCAGCUGCCGCAGCAACGAGUAAUAAUCCCUCUUCCUCACAAGACGCGCCAAUGCCCACGCGGAGUCCGCACCACCAACAAAAUCACAGUCCACAUUUAAGUGGACCCGUGGCGGCCCAGGGUAAACCGAAACCGACAUUUCGCUGCGAUGUCUGUAAUUACGAGACAAAUGUUGCGAGAAAUCUCAGGAUACACAUGACUAGUGAAAAACACACGCACAACAUGCUAGUGAUGCACCAAAAUGCUAAACAUAUACAGACUCUCUCUGCAUUGCAGCAGCAUCAUCACCAACAGCAACAGCAACAACAACAGCAGCAGCAACAGCAACAGCAGCAGCAACAACAACAACAGCAGCAGCAGCAACUCGAGCAACUCUUACAUCUAGGAGGACUCGACAAACCUCAACACGCUGAAGCAGCACUUGCUGACAUGGCCUACAACCAGGCCUUGUUGAUUCAAAUAAUGACUGCAGGUCAAAUGCCACCUCAACUUCCCCCUGAAAUGAUGGGCGGCAUGGGCAACCUGUCUGCCAUGAGUAAUCUCGGUGGUGAUGUUGGAUUAUCACCAGAGAGCAUGGAACCACCCCCAGAGACUGCGGAUCCCGAUCCAUCAAAUUUAUACAACUGCUGCGUGUGCAAUAAUUUCAGUACCGACUCACUGGAAGCUCUGGGUCACCAUUUGGCUGUUGACAGAACGCGAACGCGCGAGGGAGAAAUUCUCGCUCUUGUUUCUGGAAACUUUGUCUGCAAGCUGUGCAACUACAAGACUAAUCUCAAAGCCAACUUCCAGCUUCACUGCAAGACGGACAAACAUCUCCAGCGACUGCAGCACGUGAAUCACGUAAAAGAAGGCGGCCCUCGAAACGAGUGGAAACUAAAGUACCUGGCCUCGCCUACCAGUACAGCACAAUUGCGCUGUCACGCGUGUGAUUACUACACAAACAGCGCUCACAAACUCGCCCUCCAUGCGGCAUCACCGCGACACGAAGCCGCGGCUCUGCUGCUACGACACCUUAUUGAAGCUAGCUCAAAUGUACAGUCUGGAGGUAAAAUCUAUCACUGUGCCUUGUGUGGGUUCAACGCCAGACAUAGAUUGCAUUUACUCCAACACGUCAGGUCUUUCAAACAUCUGCACAUGGAACAGCUACAUCAGAUGCACAGGCGAAGCACCAUUCAGAGCAACGAACCUCCUCACACCGACAUCGGUGAUGUCUUUCAAGUCGUCGCCGAUCCCGAUGCACCUGCCAAUCAACAAACUAGUCCCACUACACCUACAACACCCAAUCCCAGCAUUAAUCAUGAACGGCAAGAAGGUAGUGAGUGUGACAGCGAAGUGAAACAAGAGCCAGACAAUGACCAGGAUCCAGAUCAGGAUCCUGAUAAUGACCAGGAGGAAGUUGUGUGCCCUUACUGCACAUACCAGCCGACAUCUAAAGAAGAACUAAAACAUCAUCUGCAAGUCGCGCAUACGCAAGACGCAGAUGAAAAAAUGGAAGUUAAAGAGGAGCCAGCCCAAGAUUUUCUUUGCCCGCUGUGUCAAGAUGGGUUCAGAGAGCGAGCGGCUCUUGAGAAACAUGUGAUGCAAAUCCAUUCAGUUAACGCUGAUGGACUGCAGAGACUCCUGGUUCUGGUUGACCAGAGCCAUUGGCUGAACAACAAUCCGCGCAACACCUCGACACCUGCGGUGAUGCCGACGUCUCCUAGCACGACCACUAAGCCGAGUCCCGAGGAAGAAAAUGAACGAGCGCAAGAAGAAAUUGACGAGCUAACACGAUGCAGUAUAUGCGGGCGUAUUUGCCGCUCCCUCGAGGAACUCCAGCAGCAUCACCGAGAGUCCCAUCCAGCUGCGACGCCGACUCUCGCAGUGAGCGAAAAACACGUUUACAAGUACCGAUGUGGUCAGUGCAGUCUUGCCUUUAAAACUCUGGAGAAGCUGCAGCAGCACUCGCAGUACCACGCGAUCAGAGAUGCGACCAAGUGCGCGCUGUGCGGGAGAUCCUUUCGGUCUGUUCAGGCGCUUCAGAGACAUCUUGAGGCUGCUCACGGUGACCUCCAAGAAGAAGCUAUCAAUCAAUAUAAACAAAGUCUGCUGCAAGCUCACCCACUACUCCAAGCCAUCACCGAAGAAGCUCUCAGACGACAGGGAAAUCUCAGUGAAGAUCAGAAUGCCGAUGACGAGACCCGCGGUGGUGGUAGUGGAAGUGUCAGUGGUGGUGGUGGUGUCAGUGGUGCUGGUGGUGACGAAGGGGAGAGCGACGCCAGUGAUUCGCCGCCGCUCCACAAGGAACAGAGACUUCUAGAAGAUUAUUUAAAUAGUCAACCGGUGGCCGAGGACUCUUAUCAAGAUCCCGGUCGUAAAUUCAAGUGCCAUCGUUGCAAAGUUGCGUUUACACGUCAAAGCUACCUCACUGGACACAACAAGACUCUUCUCCAUCGCAAAGGAGAAAAAAUGACUUAUCCAAUGGAAAAAUAUCUUGAUCCAAAUAGACCUUACAAGUGUGACGUUUGUAAGGAAAGUUUUACACAAAAAAAUAUAUUACUUGUUCAUUACAAUAGUGUCAGUCAUUUACAUAAAUUAAAACGAGCAAUGCAAGAACAAGGUAAUAACAACACACUUAUAUCUGUUGUACCCCCAUCGAGUCCCACCGAUACGCCUGAUUCACAAAUUGAUCAGGAUAAAAAACCCUACAAGUGUAAUAUCUGUAAGGUCGCUUACUCACAGGGCAGUACACUGGAUAUUCACAUGCGCAGUGUUUUACAUCAAACUCGUGCCAGCAAAUUACCCGAUUUAGCGGCUAGUGGCCAGUUGGAUUUAGCGAGGCCCUUGAUUGAACAGCCGCCAACUAGUCCCAAUAGUCCACCGUGUAACGCAAAUAGCAACAGUACCAACACUAACAACAGCAACAUGUUAUCUUGUCAGCGUUGCAGUGCUCUCUUUGUAAAUCAAGAGCAACUGUCGACUCAUCAACAGUUAUACUGCAUAUUCAGUAACCCGCUGGCGCUGUUCCAGCAGCUAGCAGCCUCACAGCAAUUGGCCUCAUCCGCGUCAGACAAUCCCCCAAAUUCAACGACGCCCGGUCCUCAACAUUCUCAGCAGCACGUGCAACAGCAGACUCAAGUUCAGCAGCAGCUUGUGACACCCCAACCUAAUCAGGUAGCACAGGACAUCCUGUCCCAGCCGAGACACAAGACUUCUCAGAUGUACAAGCAUCUAUUAGAGAGCUUUGGGUUUGACUUGGUGAUGCAGUUCAAUGAAAAUCAUCAGCGACGACAGCGCAAAGAGGAGGAAGCUGCUGCUGCGCUCCAGGCCCAGCAGGAGCAGCAGAAGCAGGAGCAACAGAAACAGGCUCUUGCUGCCCAGCAACAACAGCAACAGAUGCAGCAAGUCCAAGAGCGCGAUGAUGAUCAUGAGGAUGCGGGUGAUGAGGAACCCGCGAUACCUGAACUAACUCGCAGUACUUGCCAGCACUGCAAUAAAGAAUUCAGCAGUGUCUGGGUGCUGAAAGCACAUUGUGAAGAAGUACACCGUGAUCUUGUACCUCGUGAGUUUCUUGAAAAAUAUGCUCAGCAGUUCAAGUGUGAAUAUGAGAAGAAGAGUGUCGUUGUUACUGCGGCCACGUCAUCUUCAACAAACACCGCUCCCCGAAGCUCAACUCCCGCCUCUGUCGCAAAUGCUGCUGCUGGUGUCUCGAACCAACCACAACACCAACAGCAACAGCCGCAAGACUUGAGCUCUGAUAAGGAGAGACGCGAUAAGGAUAAAGAGGAACCAAUAGAGUGCAAAGAUCGUAGCAGUCGUACGCCAGAAGCCACGUCGACAACACCCGCUACUACACCAGCUCUUUCAAAUACUCCUGUCUCAAGUACUGACUCUACUACGCCCACACAACAGCCUGGUGGCUCUCAUCACAACAUUCAGCAGCAACAGCAACAGCAGCACGCGCAUAUGACACUUGCUCAGCAGAUGUCAGACAUGCAGGCUGCGCUCAAUGUCAUGGCGGCAUCGCAAUUGCAACAGCUCCAACAGUAUCCCGGACUCAUGAUGGGUAUGAUGGGAUUACCUUUGGGUUUGAAUGUUCCCGCUCUGGCUGCAAUGAAUCUCCAACCGCCUCUCGUUCCAAUGAUGCUGCCACCUCCGCCUUACGACGGGGCCGCUUCGCCAUAUCCACCGAUAAAUCCACAAGCUGAUAUCAUUGCCAAGCAACAUCUUCUUCAACAGCAACAGCAGCAGCAAGCUGCGGCAAAUGCAGCUUCUCAGAAACGUGCCCGUACUCGUAUCACCGACGACCAGUUGAAGAUCCUCCGAGCUCACUUUGACAUAAACAAUUCACCCGGGGAGGAGCAGAUCAUGGAAAUGGCCGCACAGAGUGGUCUACUGCCAAAAGUUAUAAAACAUUGGUUUCGCAACACGCUUUUCAAAGAACGUCAGCGUAAUAAAGACAGUCCAUACAACUUCAACAACCCACCAUGCACUACCCUGAACCUUGAGGAGUAUGAAAAAACUGGUGAAGCCAAAGUGACACCUUUAAACUCAAGUAACUCGGGUGGCAGCUCCGCUGAUGACAAGAGCCCAAACAAACAAUCAACUCCGCCACCCACAAACUCCAUUCCGUCUACAGCCACCACCGCCACUACGAUAACACCGAUAACGGAAAUAAAACAAGAAAUACCGGAGCCAAUGCUGACUACACAGCAACAAAUACAACAGCAGUUGCAGCAGGCACAGAUGGAUGAGUCUCAUCACUCGCCAGGGAGUUCUGGAGACCAGCAGUCACGGCCCCACUCACCAGCACUCAGCAUGAGCUCGGUUUUUUCCGGACUUCACCACGAGCUGUCGUCUCACAUGCCGUCGACGACAAGUGCGCCCAGCACGCCGAUGCUUCCACCAAAAUUGACACCACAAAAUUUUGCCAGCCCUAAUUCUGGACUUGCUGGAAACAUUCCAACUUCAAUGGCCGGCGCACUCUCACUGACACCUCAGAGAUCGAUAAGUCCUGGUCGUGGGCCUACGGAUUUUUCCUUCAGCGGCAACAGCAACGGCAGUAAUUCGAGUAGCAGCUCUGGGAAACGCGCAAAUCGUACUAGAUUUACAGACUAUCAAAUAAAAGUGCUGCAAGAGUUUUUUGAAAAUAACGCUUAUCCAAAAGACGAUGAUCUCGAGUAUCUGAGUAAGCUGCUGGGUUUAAGUCCGCGAGUUAUUGUUGUGUGGUUUCAAAAUGCGCGUCAAAAAGCCCGUAAAGUUUAUGAAAAUCAACCGGCAGCCGAGCCAGUGACACCAGGAGGCGGUCGUGAAGCUGACGAUGGCUCGGGACGGUUUCAACGUACGCCCGGAUUAAAUUAUCAGUGUAAAAAAUGUCUGCUCGUAUUCCAGCGUUACUAUGAGUUGAUAAGACACCAGAAGACACAUUGUUUUAAGGAGGAAGAUGCCAAGAGAAGUGCUCAAGCUCAAGCGGCCGCUGCUCAGGUCGCCGCGGUUCUCAGCUCUGAAGACAGCAAUAGCAGUUCGACGACGACAACGAAUGCCGUGCCAAAUAAUCCAACAAGCGUUCCUGUUCUAACUGACCAACUUCAGCAGCCUUUAAACACUCCCACUCCUCCGCAUAUCCAGCAGCCAAGUAUCGCUAUGGUCCCACAGCAACAGUCUCAAGAGCGCCAGCAACAGCAACAACAACAGCAGCAGCAGCAGCAGAAUCAGAAUCAGCAACAGCAAGUUGAAGUUAAAGAAGAAAAUUUUCAGUGUGAUAAGUGUAAUUUAAUGUUCAGCCGUUUCGACUUGUGGCGCGAACAUCAGUUGGUACAUAUCAUGAACCCGUCCCUUUUUCCGCCGGCCUAUCCACCUGAUUCGGCAUUUGGGAUUCUGCAGCAACAAGCUCUCAAUGCCAGCACCGGGUCCACAGACCUGCAGCAACACCCACUGCUGGCGAUGAUGCAGGAACGCAAGCGAAAAUUUGAAGACUUUGACGACAGUAUUGUCGGGAAUGAGAGUCGGAGUAAUUCUGAGCACAGCGAACAACCCAAAGAUAAACGUCUGCGAACGACAAUCUUACCCGAACAAUUGGACUAUCUCUAUCAAAAAUAUCAAAUAGAAUCAAACCCAUCGCGCAAAAUGCUCGAGACAAUAGCGCGUGAAGUGGGGUUAAAAAAACGUGUCGUUCAAGUGUGGUUUCAAAACACUCGGGCGCGUGAACGAAAAGGACAGUUUCGUGCCCACAGUCAAGUCAUAAACAAAAGGUGUCCAUUCUGCCCGGCGCUGUUCAAAGUUAAGUCUGCUCUAGAGUCACACUUGAGCAGCAAGCACGCGGACCAAGUGGCACGUGGUGAAGUCAACAUCGACAACAUACCCGACGAAGAAUUGUCUAUGGAUUCGGCGCCGUCAAAUCCGAGCACACCCAACAUGAUGCCACCACUUUUUUCGGCAUUCAACACCGACAUGGAUGCCGCAAUGAUAAAACGUCUGUACGAGGAGUCGAUGAAAAAUUAUAUCAGCGAGUUGCAAGCUCAUGCCUCAAAUGGACGACAAGAGACCGCAAUAAACCAACAGGGGAUGAGUAACAGCAACACGACGACCGGGGAGUCGCCUCUGGAUCUCAGCAAACCCGUAGAUCUCAGUAGACCCAUGAAGCUGAGUCUCACUGGGCUCGGCAGUCUGCUAGAUGAGCAACAGCACAACGUUGCCCAGCACUUUAGACUCGGCAGCGACUGCGGGCCCCUGACAGACCUAUCCGAGCGUAGUAUUUGCGACGACGACAGCAUGAGUGAGACGACAGAGUUUCUGGAUGACGAAAGUGGCCCUGCAAGUCCGGCCUCGAGCACUCAGAGCUCAAGACACGGGACUGCGACGACACCUAGUGGGAUAACAACUCCCACUGGGAUCGGCGGCGUGGGCAGUAGUGGUGGUAAUGGGAACGGUGGUGGUAACGGCAGCGGCAGUAACGCCAACGCCAGCAGUCAAUCCGGUGGCGGAAAACGCUACCGCACCCAAAUGUCUGCGACCCAAGUCAAGGUCAUGAAGUCACUCUUCUCCGACUACAAAACACCAACGAUGGCAGAGUGCGAGAUGCUGGGACGUGAGAUUGGGCUUCCAAAGCGUGUGGUCCAGGUAUGGUUCCAGAACGCACGCGCUAAGGAGAAGAAAGCGAGACUGGCGGCGGGCCUGCCGGCAGAGGGAUCGGCCGUUCAGCCUCACCGCGGACCCACGGGCCCCGAUGAGUGUCGGCUCUGCUCUGUCCGGUACUCGCCCAAGUCACCAUUGCAAGAGCACGUGUUCUCGCGCCGACACAUUGAGUCGGUGCGCGUCGCCGUCGAAGAUGGUUCUCUCGUACCACCGACUCCCGGCGCUCCCAUCACCGUCGGCGGCAAUCCCACAGCCUCCGUCAAUCAGCCGGCCAGCCAGCAGCCUCAACCCCAGCCUCAACCGCAACAGCCAGACGAAAAUAUGAUGUACGGGUCCCUGUUCCUACAUCCGACGGCGAUGUUUCAGUCUCAGCACCCGGCGAACGCCGGGGCCAGCACCGCUACCACCACCCCCGGUGAGUGUCUGGCUGACCUCUUAGACUCCUAAAGUUAUACAUAAAUA